AUGUGGGCACAUUCAAUGACAGUUCAAGAUUACCAGGAUCUCAUAGACAGAGGAUGGCGAAGAAGUGGAAAAUAUGUCUACAAACCUAUUAUGAAUCAAACGUGUUGUCCUCAAUACACGAUAAGGUGCCAGGCUUUGUGUUUUCAGACCUCCAAAUCUCACAAGAAAGUUCUGAAGAAAAUGUUGAAAUUUAUUUCCAAAGGAGAUGUUUCGAAAGUAGUGAGUGAAGAAGAACCUAUGGAUUCCCAUAUAGAGGAUAUAGUCACGUGCGAUUUUGCGUACAAAAGUGAAUCUCAUGUCAGUCAGUCCGAACUGACUCCUUUGAGCGUGGAUCACACAGAGAGGGUGGAGAAUGAAGAUAAGGACACAGGAGAAACAAAAGAAGAGGUGAAUGUGCAGAAAGUGGAAUCGGGUUCUCUUCAGAUAUGUGCAGAUAAAGACACACCAGUCCCUGGAGAGCCAUCAUGUUCGGCUAAAAUUGUUCAUGCACCACCGAAGCCAGGGAAAGGGGCUGAUCUGAGCAAGCCACCAUGUCGAAAAGCAAAGGACAUACGGAAAGAAAGAAAACUGCAGAAACUCCUUCAGAACCAGAUGUGCACAUUUGAAGGCUCUCAACUGCAAGCAGGAGAUCAAGUUUUCCUCUUGCAAAACUCUAAAUCUAAAACAAACCAACCUAAAACCAUAGAAGACUUCGUUUUUGUCUCUUUACCUGAUGAUGCACGGCACAAAUUAGAGGUGAGGUUAGUACCUGUCUCCUUUGAGGACCCCCAGUUCAAAUCAUCCUUCAACCAAUCAGCCAGUUUAUUUGCCAAGUAUCAGAUGGCUAUACACAAGGAUACACCUUCUGACUGUGGCGAAAAUGAG